UAUUUUGUUAUUAUUAUUUUUUAUUUUUUUCCCUGCGUUUUUGAGCCGGCGCGGGGCUGACUUCUCGUUUGCGCGUCUCCAUCCCCCGGCGGAGGUUAUGAUGGUGCAUUGUGCGGGCUGCGAGAGGCCGAUUUUGGACCGGUUCCUGCUCAACGUCUUGGACAGGGCAUGGCACAUCAAAUGCGUCCAGUGCUGCGAGUGCAAGUGCAACCUGACCGAGAAAUGCUUCUCCAGGGAAGGAAAACUCUACUGCAAAAAUGACUUUUUCAGGAGGUUUGGUACCAAAUGCGCCGGCUGCUCCCAAGGCAUCUCCCCCAGCGACCUCGUCCGGAAAGCCCGGAAUAAAGUCUUUCACCUGAACUGUUUCACCUGCAUGGUCUGCAACAAGCAGCUCUCCACGGGCGAGGAACUCUAUAUCAUCGACGAAAACAAAUUUGUUUGCAAAGAGGAUUAUUUGAACUCUCCCACCCUGAAGGAAAGCAGCCUCAACUCAGUGUCCUCAUGUACAGACAGGAGUUUGUCCCCGGAUCUCCAGGACCCCAUGCAGGACGACACCAAGGAGACGGACAACUCGACCUCCUCGGACAAGGAGACCACCAACAACGAGAACGAGGAGCAGAACUCGGGCACCAAGCGGAGGGGGCCCCGCACCACCAUUAAAGCCAAGCAGCUGGAGACCCUCAAAGCUGCCUUCGCCGCCACCCCCAAACCCACCCGCCACAUCCGAGAGCAGCUGGCCCAGGAGACCGGCCUCAACAUGAGAGUCAUACAGGUCUGGUUCCAGAACCGUCGGUCCAAGGAGCGGCGGAUGAAGCAGCUGAGCGCGCUGGGGGCCCGCCGGCACGCCUUCUUCCGCAGCCCCCGCAGGAUGCGGCCCCUCGGCGGCCGCCUCGACGAGUCCGAGAUGCUCGGCUCGACGCCCUACACGUACUACGGAGAUUACCAAGGUGACUACUACGGACCGGGAGGCAACUAUGACUUUUUCCCCCACGGGCCGCCCUCCCAAGCCCAGUCCCCGGCCGACUCCAGCUACCUUCAGAACUCAGGACCCGGCUCCACACCCCUGGGACCCUUGGAGCCCCCUUUAAGCGGACACCACUCCUCAGAAAACCAAAGGUACACGGAUAUGAUCUCGCAUCCCGACACCCCCAGCCCCGAGCCGGGGAUGACCGGUUCGCUGCACCCCAUCCCCGGGGAGGUCUUCAGCGGGGGGCCCAGCCCCCCUUUCUCCAUGUCCAGCAAUAGCGGCUACAGCGGGGGUCUCUCGCACCCCAACCCGGAGCUCAGCGAGGCGGCGGUGUGGUAGGCCUGGCGCGGGCACGCGUGCGCCUAUGGAGGGGGGAAAACGCCCCCACGGUCCCCCAGCACACGCGUGUCCCCCUUUCCCCCUCCCCGCCCCAUCCCCGCUGCCCCCCGGACCAGGGCAUCACCAUCGCCGGAUAAAAACCCCCUGCUCCGAUGCCAAAACGCAUCCCUGCAUCCCUCCCCAUCACUGCAGAACCUCCCCC